GUGAAGGUUGUUAACUGGCGUACGUCCUUUUGACCGUCAAGGUCAUAACUGGCGUCAACCUUCACAUUCCGUCUAUGUCUUAUGUCUGAAGGUUCGUCUAUAUUGUCGUGUGGGCCUAAAAGACAAUAUGGCACACUAGAAUCUACAACUACACCUCAAAAUGCUCACAAGUUAUACACAGUUAAACCUGGAGAUACUCUUGUCUCAAUUGCAGUUCAAAAUGGUACAACAGUGCAACGUUUAAGAUGGAUAAACCGCUUAUGGAGUUCUGACAUCUCUAACAUAACUACACUCAAGAUUCCUGUGAAAUCUCAAUCAGAAUCAACCAGUUUUAGUGGAACAAACGCAAUAGAGUUGUGUCCUGUCAAGAAAAAAAUAGAAACAGAAAAUGAAGAUGCAUUACAAAUAGCUUCCGCCAGUCUUUAUUUUAAAGAACUCUCAGAAAGGGUUGAAAAAGCUAAGGAAGAUGCUUCUCGUUGUCUAGAGAAAAGCAGACUUCAUGAAAUUAUGGCUGAUUGUGAUCCUACCGGUCGAGAUUGUUACAUUCUACCGCGUUUAUCAAUGACUGAUGAAACUGUUGUCAUGGUAACAUCACCUACAACAUCUGGAAUGAAUUCUUCGUCUUCUUCUUCUUCUCACAACAAUGUUCCUACUCACCACCACCGUAGUUCAUUGUGUACAAUCUCUAUGAAUAGUCUUCAUGAUCCUUGUUAAUAAUAAUAAUGAUAAUAAUAUGAUCUUUUAUUUUACUCCCUUCAGUGCAAUCAAGUAUCCACACACACACACACUCACACAUACAUACAAAGAUACCUAUAUGCUUUUAGGUAUGCCGCUGACUUGUAAUUUGUGUGAUUCCCCCCAAUUACUUCCGUGUAUUCUAUUAGUUCUUCAACUUCAUAUUUUAGUAGUAUGUACAUUUUCUUUUAUUUUUAUUUCCACGUUAGUCAGUUAGAUAAUAAUAAUAAUAUCUACAGAUAUUUCUCUAUAAUAUGCAUGUGUGAUAUAUAUUCAGUGGUGUUUAUUCUUCUCCCUCCCUCCCUCAUUUUCGUUCUUCUCUUUGACUUGUUUCUAUGGAAACGAUAUAGAUUUUGUUUGUUUUCCUUUGAGGGGUUACCCUCUGUCUGUCUAUCUCUCGAUCUCAGAUUCUUUUAUUGUCACUAUUCCCAUUGUUGUUGUUGUUGUCACUGUUGGUGUCGCUGUUGUGGAGUUACUCGUUGUUGGUUUGUGAUUGAUUGAUUGAUUGGUAAGGCUGAAAUCGUUUUUGUGAAAUAUGUCCUGCUGAUGUUCGUGAUGAUGAUGAUGAAAGCAUAACUUGUAGUCUGUGUAUUCCAGCGUUUUAUGUUUUAUUUGUGUGCAUGGUAUAAAUACGAAUAAAUAAAUACGAUUGAUUAUCUUGUGAAAUUGGCUUUCUCUUAAUGCUGUUUAACGUUCCCUAUACGUAUAUGGCUGCUUAGAGCUUAAGAUCUUGGUGUGUGUAUGUGUAUGUAAGCAAUG